AUGGGCCCUGGCGACUACGAAGGGGCCCAGUUCCUGGUGGCCCAGCCUAAGGAAGCGAACUCUGACAUGGAGAUCAACGACCUGGGGCAGCUGGUGCCGAUGUUGGAGCGAGCUGGUGACACAGCCACGGCGGCGAAGCACAGGAGGGUCCUCCUUGAGAAGAAGCGCGAAGCGGCUGAGAAGGAGUAUGUCGCUCCGCUGUCCCAGCGGGUCACCUUGGCCCACAAGCAGGUGGCGGAAGUCAAUCAGAAGUUGGAGAAGGCUGUGGCCCACUUCGAGCGCCUCUCUGAGGGGCUCGAGCACCAGCGCCAGUGGGUGCAGCAGCUUUCGGACGAGCUUGAGGAGCGUGAGGCGGCGCACCGCAGGCUGGUGGUGGAGCUCAAUGCGAAGUUCGUGCCGCCGCAGCAGGACGCCCAGCCCCAGGCGCUCAGCGUGGCGGGCAUCUUGGGCGGCACGAUCGAGUCGAUUCCUCUGUCCUUCGCGGGCCUGGGCUUCGAUGAUGCAGAAUAUGAUAUGGAGGAGGCUGACAAGCGCGAGCUGGCUGACCGCACAACUAGACUGCAGUCUGAGCUGUCGGCGGCGGUCCGAGCCAUGUUCGGGCAGGCGGCUGAGAAGGCCAAGGCUUUCAAGACCGAGCAGGAGCAGAUGGCACUGCGCCUUGCAGGCAAGCGCAGACGUCAGGAGGGAGAUCGGCCCGCUCCUGGCUCCAUGGGGCUGCCGCCGCCAGAGCCCAUCGACGAAGAUGGGCCUGAGGCGGUCUUCUACGACGGUAUCACAGAGUCGGCUGCCAGAUGGACCCCUCGUCUGCAUUCGCCUGAGUCCGGGGCGGACAGCUGGAUGAGGUGGUGCAAGCCCUACGUCAGGGAGCUGCUCCUGCAGGCCUGGGACCUUGACUGGGUGCAGGAGGCUCGCCAGGACAUGACCGUAGACCAGAUGGCGGAAGACAUAUGCACGGAGUCCUGGCAUGAUGGAGCUGAUAAUCGUGUAAACAUCCUCGGCUUCUUUGUUUGGGCUGCGGAUCAUGACAGGGAGAUGCUGCGCUGGGCCCUCCGCCGCCACUGGGAGGAGCUGCGCAGGAUCAAAGAUGAGAUGAGGGACCUGCUGGGCCUUCCUCGCGAUGAGGGCCAGCGGACCUCCGACGUGACUGAGGUCGAUGUGGAAACUGCGCUAACGACUGGAGCUGAGGGCAGCGACUCUGUCGCGCCCUGGCAGCACCAGCGGAGUCUUGGGAGCAGAGCGGAGAUCGACUACUUCGAGUUCGGCUGGGCUAAGCAGAAGCAGAACACGGGCAAGGACCAGCACCGAUUUUAUUUCGCCCACACCACGUCUUGGGGCCAGAAGGCGUGGGACUACCUGAAUCAGUCAGAUGGUGGCGUUGCUGUCUCGGACACUGUCAUGAUUGCAGAACACCACCUCCAUGGUGCCCAGCAGGUGCAGGCGAUCAAGAGGCUCAGUCGGUCAGGUGAAGAGACAGUGCAGGAGGAGCGGGCCACGAGCAUGGAGACGCAGUGGACCAGCCAGACGGUGCGCAUGCGGGACAUCGAUGUCGUCUUCGUCUCGCUGUACCUGGUCACGGGACUGGGCCUGCAAGGGGAGACCACCACCACCCUCGCAGAGGUGGCAGGGCACGUGCGCUCUCAGGGCAAGCCGUGCGUCAUCGCGGGCGACUGGAACAUGGAGAUAGACGAGGUGGCGGAGAGUGGCAUUCAGACUUACCUGCACGGCGUCUUCCGAGCUGCUCCUGGGGAGGCUCCUGGCGGAGCCAGCGCGGCAUGGGGAUCGACCAGUGGCAGCAGGUUCCAGGCCAGGUGCGUGACCUAG